AUGACGACAACUAUUAUGAAGCAACCAGACAGUCGCAGCCGUUCAUCGUCGUUUGCCGACCUGGACGAAGUACAAGCAUCGGGUAUUUUGGAAGACAUUGUCCGCGAAAACAAUGUCCUGUUGGGCGGGUCUUCCAUUGGCAAGGGCUUUAAAAAGGCGGCCCGUGCCUACUUGAAGCAACAGCAAUUGGAAGUCGUAGAAGACGCCUUUUACGUGGUGGACUUGGGCGUCUUGGUGAGUCAAGUCUAUCAAUGGCGCAAGUACUUUUCCCGCGUGGAACCCUUUUAUGCCGUCAAGUGCAAUCCCGAUCCCGUCAUGGUCAAGACACUGGCGUUGUUGGGCUGCAACUUUGACUGUGCGUCGCAACAAGAGAUUGCCAUUGUCCAGCAAUGCGCCAAGGAAUUGCACAUGCGACCCGAAAUCAUUUACGCCAAUCCCUGCAAAGCCCGCAAACAUUUGCAGUAUGCGGUACAGCACGGCGUCACGCUAGUGACAUUGGACAAUGUUCAAGAAGUUCACAAGUGUGCUGCUGUCAGUCACAAAAUUGAACUGGUUGUGCGCAUUGUCACGGACGAUCGCGGUGCCCAGUGUCGGUUGAGCAGCAAAUACGGAGCGCCCCAAGCGCGAUGGCGCAAUUUGUUGCAAGCGGCCGCUCAGGCGGGGUUGAAAGUCAGAGGUGUCAGUUUUCACGUGGGCAGUGGCUGUCGCGAUGCGUCCCGCUAUUUUGCCGCCUUGGAGGAUGCCCGGGCCCUUUUUGAUUUGGCCGCCACCGAAUUUGGCAUGCAAUUCGAUUUGCUCGAUAUCGGGGGUGGGUUUCCAGGAGAAACCCACUCGACGUGGAAUCCAGAAGUUCUUGACGAACAUGACGACGAUGACGAUGACUGCGACAAGGAAGGACUAGAACCACAGCAACAACAAGACAAUGACGACAAGAACAGCACAACGGAAAAUGCACCCUACAUGUUUUUCAAUGAAAUUGCCGAAACGGUGGCCCCCAUGAUUGAUGCGCUCUUUCCAUCUCAUGUCCGAGUCAUUGCCGAACCGGGACGCUACUUUACAGCCGCCGCCGCCACACUUGUUACCAGUGUCAUUGGAGCCCGCAGCAAUGAAAUUGAUCACCAACAAUUCACACCCGAACCCGUCCCGGAUGUGCAAACAUCCCACAAAAUAUUUGAACGCUCUCGCGAAGAUGAACACGCCCUCGUCAGGAGACGACGCAACAAAUCCGUCGACACGGCCGAUAGCGUGGAAGAUGGCAAAGUCUGGGAGACUCUUACGGAAGAACUCAAUCACUACGCUCAAGUCUUUACCAUGCAAAACUUGGUCACACAAGAAACCGAUGCCUACAAUGACGGAUUGGAUCUCUAUCAUGAAGACUUUGAUACCGCCGCCGAUUUACUUGGCGUCCCCGACAAGAUUCAAAUGCGAUCUGUAGUCCACAGUGUGGAAGGAAUGAACAAGGCUAUUGCCUUGGAUACACAGGGAGAAGAAACCAUCAUUUCCUUGGCGGCAGCAGGAGAAGCGGCCGUCAGUGGAAUGGUCUUGCAAGCCGUGGCCGAUUCGGCACCCCUGCAAGAUGACUAUGCCUACUAUGUCAAUGAUGGGGUCUACGGAGCCUUUAACAAUCUCAUGUUUGAUCAUGCCACGAUUGGUGACUGGCUCUACUUUCAAAACAUGGGAAGUUAUACCAUGGCAGCUGCUUCGUCCUUUAAUGGAUUUGAACCAACGGAAAAAAUGUACGUUUGCUCGGUGCAACCAGAGUACUUUGAAGAGUUGAUUGCGGGACCGGAACAACAACCACAGCAAGUGGAGGUGGCGGCAACCAAGAAGGGAAACGACAACCUGACGGAAGCUGAAGUGGUCCAGGAAGAAGAGAAGAAAGAGGAAGAGUUGCUUGUUGUGCGAUGA